GCAGCUCUCGGCAAUCGCUGCUCGUGAGUUCUCGUCCUCGUCCACGUCGUAGUCGUCGCUUAUCGUGUCCGAGGCUCCACAGUCUCUAUACUUCGCUUAUCAGCGUCCGCCGCGUGGCGUGGAAAUGCCGUCGGUGCGGCAUUGUCCAUAGCAUACUUCUCCGCGUUGCCACACAUAUCACAGAAAGUAAACGAAACUAUAAAUAAUCAAAAAUGUUUUGGAUUCUACGCCGCACGGGCGCCGCCAACUUCUUCAAUUCCCUCAACAACAACUGCAGCUUCUCCAAGAACAACUCGAAUGGAAGUAACCACAGCAACAGCACUCAAGACAAAUACGUAAAGCGUCCCCCACGGAAGGCAUACGGACGACUCAGUGCCGAGGCCGACGAUGUCGUGUCACUGGGCCACAAAAUCGAUGAUCCGUUCGAUGAGCUAGACGACUUUGAAAUGCUCGGAGCAAACUCCAAUGCUGGCUGCAGCAGCCAUGCCAACAACGGCAAUGGAGAGCCACCAGGUGAAGCCAAUGCCAACGUCAAUGUCAACGGGAAUGGCCACGCGAAUGGGUGUGGAAAUGGGAAUGGCAACCUGUCGCUUUCAGCCUGCACGGACGCCGAUUGUCAGGGCAACUUUGUGGUGGAGAGUGCCCUGUGCGAGCUGGGUCUGUGCCAGGCCAAAGGCAAGACAUCAAAGGAGCUGGCUGCUGCUGCUGCUGCUGCUGGGGCCCCUUCCACAUCGAAGGAGAUUAACGAAAACACAAUAAGUCGACUGCAUGCCCUGGCCAUGGCUGACGAUGAUGAUGACUACGAUGAGUCGCUUACCUGCAACGUGUGCGACCGGGCUUUCCAUUGCCACCGUCAGCUGGCUUCGCACCAACAGAAGAAGCGACACUUUGGCUGCAGUGGCUGCGAUAGUUUGUUUCCCUCGCUAAUGCUGCUGGAGCACCACAAGGAGGAAUUCGAGCACUGGAGCGAUGAGGAGAUGGGUCGCCGCGUCUGCUGUCGACGCAAUCGAUGUGACGAUGAUUACUUCACAGACACCGACUCCUUCAUCAGCGAUGCGGAGAGCGAGGAUCUGGAGAGGCUGUUGUAAGGCGUGCCACGGCGGAAAGCAGAAAGCAGCCAGCAGCUAGGCCCCCGAGGAGGCGACUGUGAUGUGGUGGGAGGCUGGAGGCUGGAGGGCAGACAGUGGCAUUGACUGAGGUAAACUAAAUUUGAAUUAGUCUCCUCCGGAUGGGGCCGGGCCCCAAUGCUACGUAGGCGGAGAGGCUUACGGUGGAGUCCAGCGGCGCCACCAGAAUGGAUGGACAAUCGGCUGGCUCUGGCUUUGGCUCUGGCCCUCUUGGAUAAUGAAGAUGGACGCUGGGGCGGACCGCUGUCGCCCUAAUGAAAAUGAAUUAAACCCCAAUCUGGCGAAACAAUGAGAAAUGUUGGCAAAAACCCAAAGAAAACAAACAAACAAAAAUUACUUUUAGACUGUGUUGUCGCUAAAUGAAAACCAAAAAACAUUGAAGCAAACUCACGAGAGAGCAUAUUGUAUUUUUAGAGUUCAACUACGAGACCCUUAGACAGGGUCUAAAAACCAAGCUAUAGUAUAUAGUAUCUAAUAGUAUAUAUGUAUAUGUAUUUGGGUAUAUCUUUGUGUGUGUACGAGUACUCGUGUAAUGAGCUAGUCGAAUACGAAAAUCCAUAAUUGGAAACCAUAUCAUAAAAUGCAUAUGUCUAAACACCCAGAAAAAAGUCCCCAAAAUGCAAACCUAUUUACGACAAAGAAAUGAAGCCGAAAACGUAUUUUUCAAUAAAUAAAACU